UCCGUGUAUGCGACGAGGGACAGACAGACGAACACGAGGCUCGCAUUCUUCUUCCUUUCUCAAUCCCAUUUUCUGGCGUUGAUUUUCUCAGGGCUUUGUGUGUGAGAGAGAGUGUGUGAUUAAUCCUCAAUGUCUGGCGAGGAAGCUUCUUCUUUCACAACCGACGAGAUCGACGUGGAGGACUACAUUUGGGCGAAUGAAGGACAGGGAUCGGUGCAAUGGGACACAUUUAGUCAUGUUUUUGGUCUCGUUCAGAAUGGAAACCAAGCGUUUCGAGACAAACGUUUUGAAGAGGCAAUCAAUUGUUACUCAAGAGCCAAUAGCAUUAAACCAGGUGAUCCUGUUAUCCUUGGCAACCGAAGCGCUGCUUAUAUCAGGAUUAGCCAAUUCCUUAAACACAGAGCUCCAUCAGCUUCUGAAUAUAGACCAUUGAAUGGGCUGGAUCCUACAACACAUGCUGAGCUUGCUUUAAAGGAUGCUGAGAAGCUGAAUAAUCUCCGAAGUAAUUCAGUAAAAUCAUACAUUCUAAAGGCCAGUGCUCUCAUACUGUUGGAGAAGUAUGAGAUUGCGCGGGAUGUUAUUCUUUCGGGUCUGCAUAUUGAUCCUUUUAGCAAUCCUCUUCAUGCUUCUCUCCAGAAUUUGGAGAGGACAUCAACCAGUUUAAUUGGGAGCAGAAAUCAUGGGAGACCAGAACGGACUGAUGACUUUGAUUGUACAGUAUGCCUGAAGUUAUUAUAUGAACCCAUUACAACUCCUUGUGGGCAUUCUUUUUGCCAUUCAUGUCUAUUUCAGUCCAUGGAUCGUGGUAAUAAAUGCCCAUUGUGCCGAUCCGUACUUUUUAUUAGUCCCAGAACAUGUGCAAUCAGUGUGACGCUUAACAACAUUAUACAAAAGAACUUCCCUGAGGAAUAUGCUGAAAGGAAGUCAGAGCAUGACAGUUUGAUAAACCUUGGCGUUGAUUUGUUGCCACUUUUUGUCAUGGAUGUCGUCAUACCAUGUCAAAAGUUCCCGCUUCACAUAUUUGAACCCCGGUACAGGCUUAUGGUGAGGAGGAUAAUGGAAGGAAACCGUCGGAUGGGAAUGGUUAUCAUUGAUUCUACAACAGGUUCCAUAGCUGAUUUUGCUUGUGAAGUAGAGAUUACUGAGUGUGAGCCACUUCCUGACGGACGUUUCUAUUUAGAGACUGAAAGUCAACGGAGAUGCCGCAUAAUCCGAUCUUGGGAUCAAGAUGGUUAUCGUGUUGGGGAGGUUGAAUGGGUGCAGGAUAUAUGUCCACCAAAAGGAACAAAAGAAAGAGCAGAGUUAGAGGCGGUGACAAAUAAUGCAGCAGAAGAUGCUCAGUCAUGGCUAAGGAGGGCAAAAGAAGCAGCACGGCAAGAUCCAAGAAGACUUGAGAAACUCCUAAACAUUGAAGCAAUGAUGCCUGCAACAAAAGAUCCUGAGCGCUUCAGUUUCUGGCUUGCUACCCUAUCAAAUCGGAGGCCUCAUGAAAGAUUGGAGCUCCUGCGCAUAAGAGAUACAGGAGAGAGGAUUAUGCGCAGUCUGAUAUAUCUCCGUUUAGAAGGUCGAGUAAUGGGAGGAGACUCCCUUUCCCUUCUCUUCAUCUUCUUCUUCCUAUCCCACCUCACAAGCUUUGCUUCAGCCAAAGGCAAUGAUUCUUCUUCAAAAUCAGCCUCAUUCACACCAGCUGACAACUAUCUCAUUGAUUGUGGAUCAACCCAACCGACCCGGCUCGACGACGGCCGGUCCUUCAAAUCCGAUCACGACGCCACUUCUCUCCUGCAAACCGACGAAGAUGUACAGGCUUCAGUCGAUUCUAUUUCCAUCAACGCCUCUUCCUCCAUACCCCCUUCCUCAUUGCCUCUGUUUCGCACUGCAAAGAUAUUUCCUGGAGAUUCCACAUACACAUUCUUCAUUUCCCAAUCAGGCCGGCAUUGGAUUCGCCUUUACUUUUACCCACUUGCUCACCCCUCGUACAAUCUAACAGAUGCUGUUUUCUCUGUCUACGCCGACAACAUUGUUCUCUUGCACCAGUUCUCUGUCACGGACAAUGCUUCAUUGGUUUUUAAGGAAUACUUGGUUAAUGUUUCCAAUAGAUUCUCCCUCCAAUUUAAACCCAAGAAGAAAUCUAUUGCAUUCAUCAAUGCUAUUGAGGUUGUCUCUGCUCCUGACUCUCUGAUCCCUGACACAGCAACAGCAGUUUCCCCUGUUGGAAAUUUCAUUGGGUUGUCUAAAUCUGCUCUCCAAGUUUCUUAUCGGUUAAAUGUUGGAGGCCCGACCAUAAUUCCUGCAAAUGAUACAUUGUCAAGGACAUGGGAGCCCGACAGCCCGUAUAAUAUGUUCCCGCAAGGGUCUAGAAUUGCAUCCGUCUCCCCCAAAACCAUAAAAUACCCGGAAGGUGGGGCAACUCCAUUUACUGCUCCGAAUUCAGUUUAUGCAACGGCAGUGCAUAUACAAGAUCCGGUGACAUUGCGGCCCAAUCUCAACCUCACUUGGAGACUCAAGGUGGAUCCUGGUUACUCCUAUUUGAUCAGAUUGCAUUUCUGUGAUAUUGUGAGCAAGGCCCUCAACAGUAUGUACUUCAAUGUGUAUAUCAAUGAGAUGAUGGGGGUGUCAGUUCUUGAUCUCUCGGCCCUCACCGAUGCACUUUCCACUGCUUAUUACAAAGAUUUUGUGCUCAAUGCUUCUGCAAUCACAAACGGUUCCAUCUUGGUUCAGGCUGGCACAGCUGAAAGCCAGCAGGCAGGCAAUACGGAUGCAAUUCUUAAUGGAUUGGAGGUCAUGAAGAUGAGCAACGAGGCGGACAGCUUCGACGGUUUGUUUAACGCUGAUGGAUCGUACAAGGGAUCAAGUUCAGCUUCAAGGGCAAUGAAGAUUUUGUCAGCUGUCGGCUUGGCAAUGGCGGUGACAGCGAUGUUAUUGCUGGCGACGGUUUUCGUCCGGUGGCAGAAGAGACCGGAGGGAUGGGAGAAGAAAAAAAGCUUCUCCUCGUGGCUUCUCCCACUCCAUGCCAGUCACACUAGUUUCUUAUCCAGCAAGAGCAGCUCUAGGAGGUCUAGCCUAUUUAGUUCCCGGAAGAGCAAGAGUGGUUUCUCUAAUCACUUUGCAACGCAGGGUCUAGGCAGAUUCUUCACCAUUUAUGAACUACAGAAUGCUACACAAAAUUUUGAUGAAAAGGCAGUGAUUGGUGUCGGAGGGUUUGGAAAAGUGUAUAUUGGGACACUGGAAGAUGGAACCCAGGUUGCUAUAAAACGAGGAAAUCCAGGUUCUGAGCAGGGGAUUAAUGAAUUCCGGACAGAAAUCAACAUGCUCUCCAAGCUCCGGCAUCGCCACCUUGUUUCUUUAAUUGGAUUUUGCGACGAGCAAUCGGAGAUGAUCCUCGUGUAUGAGUACAUGGCUAACGGACCGCUUCGUGACCACCUCUACGGCUCGAACCUCCCUCCUCUGUCAUGGAAACAACGGCUUGAGAUUUGCAUUGGUGCUGCUCGUGGGCUGCAUUAUCUUCACACUGGUGCAGCACUAGGAAUAAUACACCGUGAUGUAAAGACCACAAACAUUCUCCUUGAUGAAAAUUUCAUCGCCAAAGUUUCCGAUUUCGGAUUGUCAAAAGCCGCACCAACAUUGGAUCAAACCCAUGUAAGCACAGCCGUGAAGGGUAGCUUCGGUUACCUUGAUCCUGAGUACUUCAGGAGGCAACAACUCACUGAGAAAUCUGAUGUUUACUCAUUCGGUGUCGUCCUUUUCGAGGUAUUAUGCGCAAGGCCUGUUAUAAAUCCGUCGCUGCCAAGGGAGCAGGUCAGCCUGGCUGAAUGGGCAAUGCAGUGUCAUAGGAAGGGCAUGCUUGAGAAGAUAAUUGACCCUCAUGUUGCCAGCAGCAUCAACUCUGAAUCCCUCAAGAAGUACGUCGAAGGUGCAGAGAAAUGCCUUAAAGAAUAUGGUGUUGAUAGGCCUGGCAUGGGAGAUGUUCUAUGGCACUUAGAAUAUGCCCUGCAGCUUCAGGAGACAGCCUCACAGAUUGAUCCUCCAGAAGAUAAUAUUACAAGGCUCGUUGCUUUGGAUAACCCCAGCAACAACGCUGCUCCAGCAGACCCUGCUGUUAGUGUUAGUGAUGAUUCUGAAGUAACAGCUGCUUCUCCUUUAUUUUCUCAGAUUGGAAAUUUCCAGGGAAGAUAAAACUCUUGA